AUGAAGUCACGCAGACAUUGGAAACAUAGAAGUCCCAAAGGUAAAGAACCUGCGGAAAGCAACAUGAUCGACUUGAGCGAACCCCCCGUCAAGAACGUACCCCAGAGCAACGCCUCAUCAAGCAGGCGAGAGUCUCAGAAUGACACAAACAUGACUAACGAACUCACGAUCACCGGAGCCAACACAAUCCCCCUAGGAGCAGGAUCCCCUGCUGGCAGGGCUGGCGCACCACCCAAAACACCAAACCCAUUUUCACCCUCAUCGCUAUCAAUAGGCCCCAGACCCAAGCGAGGUUGGCAGCCACACCUCCCAUUGUUCUCAUCGGACGACUUUGAGCCGCCACGAACAGGCGAAAACCCCAGUGCUAACAAUAAUGGGAAUAAUGCCCAGACGCAAAUCACAACUGCCCGAAAUGAAGGCAUUACCACACCGCAAACACCUCAAGAUGCUCCUAGACGCUCUUUUACCAUCAUUCAAAAAUGCAAAGUAUUGGAGACGUGCUUGUCCAUUAAGGAUGAGUAUCUUUCUAUGCCCCCAGCCUUCCAUCAUGACCAAGAACCGUUUUGGUCGAAGAUUCUGAACGAGAAGCUCUCGCCGGACCUGGUUUUCAAGUUCAAAGUUUGGAAGGACAUUAAAGAAUCUGUCGAGCACUGGUGUUAUGCACGAAGGACCUUACUCCGAGAAGGCAACCUGCCUCCAGUUUCUCCGGCUCAGCCAGAGCUGGAUACUUUGAUUGACCAGUGGAAUACGGUGUUUGUUACACGUUUUUGUCAAGUGCACCGCGGGUAUUUUGAGAACGGCCUUUGGGCCAUGAAUGAGAACAGAGUGUCAUGGAUGGUAUCAGAGCACGUCGACAAAUCGAUAUCGAGCAUGUUGCAAACCAGAAGAGAUGAGCUGGAAAGCUCUGUCCGACCAAGACUUCUCGCCAACAACAGCUCGUUAACAGAGUAUGACAACGCUGUGAAAAUUAUUCAGGACGGUUUUACCAUAAGCCGGCGGGAGCAUACCCAAAGAAUGGAGAGUGAAGCCGUGCUGUCGAUGAUCAUGGAGCUUCGCCCGGUUCUGGAGAAAGCAAUUUCACAGCAUUUCAAUGGUGCAAGGCAAACCCAUCAAGAACGAAGUUCCGGACCUCACACUGAGCCAGCCAUACCUAUGGAACCAGUUGCUUCGCGAGGGGGUCCACGAUCCAACGAUACCCAGCGUUUAACAAUUCCUUCCUUUGGACAUUCGGCUUCAGCUUCCUCGACGCCACAGCACCCUAUCACUCGUGUUGUCCCCUCACCAAUGGCAAGCAGUAAUCAACGUUCAUUGCCAGAAUCGAACGAGAAUGAGUUAAGAAGGAAAAGAAAGAGUGCUGAGCCUGUUCCUAGAAUCACGCCUACCCAUAAUUCCACUCAUCUCGGCCCGGGCACACCCAACAAUUAUGAUAACAGGAACCUAUCCAAUAAUCAGCCGAAGCGGCCGCGCUUGGAUAGCGGAAUCUCUUCAGAUGUUUCUCCCCGAAUUGGGAGCAGAGAAGAAGCCAGCAGACCUCAGCAAAGACAACUUUCGCCACUAAGAAGGCCUCCAGCAUCACGAACUCCAGGGAGACCAUCUUCGCCCCCAACUCAAGAACGACAAAGUAGGCCCGCGGGCAGCUUCCCCAGGGGUCACGAUUCACAGUAUCCAGACAAAUGGGUGGGUGAUGGUGAACCCCACCGCCCUUGCCAACCACGAGGGUUCCGGGAAGACACUGUCGAGUUUGACAACAUGUCAACUCGACGCCAGAACCAACUUAUCAGGACACAAAAUCGUACGCUGCUCGAAAAGCUCGAGGAGUUAGGACCUCGAUCAGAGCGGGGGCCAAGGAACAACCAUGACUCCUACCACAGGCCUUGACUAGGAGAUUCAGAAGCAAUUGGUACUUUGAAAGUGA